UAGUUUUGUUUUGUUUUGUUUUUUAAAUAUUGAAUUUUUGUGUGGAAUUGUGUGGAAUCAGUUUCAGAGUUGACUCCAAAAUCCUGGGAUCAGAUAACCAAUUAAAACAGAAUGAGGUGGAGGAAUUAGCAAACACAAACAAAUCAACAUUAAUUCAAUGUAUUUAUUCAUUUUUAAAAUCAUGCAGUUUUAUUGUGCUAGCUAUUAGGGUUUUUUGUUUUGUUUUGUUUUGUUAUAUAUAUUGUCAUUCUUUGUUUUUGAAGAAUCUGAAAAUCUCACUGAAAAUGUAGUCCCCUUGUUAGUCAAGCCAAAUGUCACUAUAAAAUACAUUUUGAAUCCCUUUGAAAUAAAUGGAAUAAAAUCACAGAAAAACAUAAAGAGUUUAGUAACCAGUCGUUGCAUGUUGUAUUUAUUAAGUGAGGUAUAUUGAUGUCGGGCCUCACGUUAUCACUCUGUAACUGGGUCAGUAUUGAUAAGUGACUUGGCAGCAAAACAGUUGCGACUCAAUUCAGAAUCAUCUCUCUGGAAUGUAAGUACGCCUCUCGUUGCAAUUUUCUGAUUUCAGCACCUUGCAUAACGGCAUAAUAUGAAAUAAAUAUACGAAUAAAUAAAUAUGCAGUACAAAAUGUACAGUUUACAUGUAUGGAUACGGAUAUGAAUUGUCUGGAACAAGGCUUACAUCAAUAUUCUAUAGGUUUAGGGAAGCAAAUAAAUGACUGAUGGUUGGGUUGCAAUUACUGAGCAUGUUAAUUCACAUUUUAUGUUAAAUAUUAGGUUAAAUAAUAAGCCUUAGGCUAGGCAGGUAGUGAGAAACGUAGCAGGUUUGAACAUUUGCCUGUUUAAACAUCUGUCUUUUGCAUUUACAUGUCUUAUCAUGUCAAAAAGUUCAGAAUCCUCAUAUAAUUAAAGUGUGAUUCACAGAUGUAUCAGUACUGUGGAACUAGAUUGAAGCUAUACACCGAUUUCAGACCUUCCUAGACUUAAAAUUCAGGGAGGUCAGGGAGGAAAACCAUGCACUAGUCCAUUUUCAAGCCUUUAUGCUACUUCAAAAUUUCUCCUGUGAGAAACAGAAAGACUUGAGGUCAUCUUAGAUGAAUUUGUUAGCAUAAGUAAAUUCAUUUUAUUUAUUGUUAAAGAUUGGGGAAGGGGGAAUAAAUAAAACGAAGCAAAUAAUAUACAGUAUACCCACAAGCAGUGAUCUGAGGGGUCCAAGCACUCUUGGGAAAUUAUACAAAACACUAAAGAGACCAUAGACGAACAUACUAUUCUAUUUGGUUUUUGUGAUGAUAGCUCAAAAGCUAACCAUAGACUUAUACUGUAGCAGGUGAAAUCUUGGUGUAGCUCUCCAUAUGGCAUGGUGUAGUUCCUCCACCAGGUGGAAGUAUAGUCAUUGAAAGGAAAAUCUAAUGUAUGACUGAUGAAACUUUAAAUGCUUUAAACACAAUCAGUUCAAAGACAAUCGUCAGGCACCAAACAUGUCUUGGCUUCUCGACCGCAUUGCACGUCAGUAGGAAAUUAUGUAAUUUUCAUUUUUUACCAAACAAUCCCUUUUUUUUUUCCUUUUUUUUUAUCCAGCUCAUAAUCAGUCAUUUCAGCCAGCGCCUGUUUCUGAUUGUAUUGUAUUUAUGAGACAAUUUGGAGCUGAACUCCAAAGUUCACCGCUAAAGCCUUUGUCGGAUUUAUCACCAGUACACUUUGUUUUCUACCUGGACUGCGAUACUGAAACCUGCUCUCUUUCCACUCUUCAGCUCGGUGAAGACAUGAUGUGUACGUCUAUUCAUCAUGGGAGUGCAUGCAGCAUGCUAGUCACUCUGCUGUAUGGACUCGAGCCUUACAUGGAUGCUACAGAAGAGAGCAGUUUUCUUCAGGACAUGCUAAUGGUCAACUCUCUGCACGUACUCAUCAAGCUCCACGAGAGGUUACAGAGGUUUGGCGUCCAGAAACCAGCACCAAUCCAGGACCACGCUGGACAACUGGCACGCGAGGUAAUGAAGGAACUUCAUACUUUAGAGGCCAGACCGGAGAUUGCGGAGUUGAUGCACGUGCUAUCAAAACCCCACGUUCGGGACCUUCUGUCAGUGCACGAUACCGUAGCCCAGAAAGAGUACGAGCCCAAACUUCCAUCGCUGGCAGCUGAGGAUCAUGAAGAUGAAGAAGACUCAGUCAGGAUUAUUCAGCUCAUGAAAAGCAAAGAACCCCUGGGAGCCACCAUUAAACGGGACGAGUCGACCGGUGCAAUCGUCGUAGCUCGCAUAAUGAGAGGAGGAGCCGCAGACAGAAGCGGUCUUAUCCGUGAAGGUGAUGAACUCAGGGAGGUCAACGGAGUCCCAAUGGAAAACAAGAACCCUGAGGAGAUCAUCCCCAUACUGGCGCAGUCAGAUGGGGCCGUAACCUUCAAAGUGAUCCCAGGCACCAAAGACGAGCUGGAAGCCGAUGACACCGAGGUCUUCGUCAGGGCGCUGUUUGACUACCAUCCGAAAGAGGACCCCGCUAUUCCGUGUAAAGACGUGGGGCUGGAGUUUGGGAGGGGGGACGUGCUGCAGAUCGUGAGUCGGGAAAAUGAUACUUGGUGGCAGGCGAGACGGAUCUGUGAUGCCAACCUUCGAGCUGGACUGAUCCCGUCCAGGCAGCUUCAGGAGAGGAGAGUGGCUUUACAGAGGCCCGAGGUGCUGUUUCAGACGUCCAGAGCGCUGAAGAUGAAGAACGCUGAAGAUGCAGAUUAUAUGGCCAUACAUGGAAUACAUAUAGCUGGAUUGAGGAGAAGUUUCCGGCUGAGUAAGAAGGACCGCAGGAGUCGAGAAACGCGAGCAAAAUGGAAGAAGUGCGAAGCCGGCGGAGAGAACCACAUUUCCAGCUACCAGGAGGUGGUGCCUUAUGUCAGAGAGCCAGGAGAACCGUACCGCCUCGUGCUACUGGUCGGGCCCAGUGGUGUUGGUUUAACCGAGUUGAAAAGGAAACUUCUGCUCUCGGAUCCCGAGCACUUUGGUGUCGCUGUACCACACACGACCCGUGAGCGCAGAAAACACGAGCGAGAAGGCGUGGACUACCAUUUCGUCUCCAGACGUGCCUUUGAAAACGAUAUCCUCAACCACGAGUUUAUAGAGUACGGAGGACACGGCGGGAAUUACUACGGCACCAGCCUGGAUUCGGUCCGCGAGGUUCUAGCGGAGCGCAAGGUGUGCUUGCUGGAUGUGGAGCCCCAUGCUGUAAAGUUGUUGUACACAACAGAAUUCAAACCGUAUGUUACGUUCGUCAAGCCUCCAGCCAUAGAACAGCUGAGGCUCAGCCGGAGAAAAGCGAAAAUCCUGGCCAGCUGUGAUGAACCGGUGCCAACGAGGACGUUUAUGGAGGCAGACUUUGAGGACAUGAUCAACACCGCGCAGGAGAUGGAGGACGAAUACGGCUACUUAUUCGAGAAGAUCAUCAUCAACGACGAUCUGGCCAUGGUGUUCACUGAACUAAGAGCUGGACUGAAGAAGCUUGAAAAGGAAAGGAAUUGGAUCCCCAAAAUAUGGGUUUAAAAAACGGUGAAGUGUCAUGCAUAAGCUGUUUGGUUUUCGCCAGUAUUAACCCGACGUGGAAAAAGAACGUAAGAUCAGUAACGUUUGUUACUAAUUAGUUGCUCGUUUGAGAAGAGAAUCAUCAGUGAUGAUCCAGGCCCAGGGAUUUAAUGAAAAUCCCCACCAAAGGACACACACUGGAUCUCAAAAUGGUUUAAACUGCGUAGUUAUAGGAAAAUAAAUCAACAACGUGAUAGUGUCCGGACGUGGAGUCGCUCGUUAUCCGCCUGAAGUUAAUUCUUUUCCUUCAACUUCACUUCCUGACCUGUUUUAUUCCUCUUAAAUGUAUUCCUUUAUUAAAGAGAAUUAAAGAGAAUGAACUGAAAGACCCAAAACAUGUUUAUAUCUGAUUUUUUUGGAGUAUGUAUUUUGGAGUAAAUCCAUCCACAACUGUAAUUCUUUUCUAGACGAUAUAACUUUUACAUGCUUACUAUGUGGUAAAAGCAGUAAUUGUAAUUGUAAUCUCAACGAUUUUGUGUUAUUUUUGACUAUAUGAUACUUUCCACCAUGGCACGUUGUUGCCAUACGGCAACAAUUUACCAACAACUCCCCCUCAACAAAAUUAGUAUUACUCGAAACUAAUAAAAAUCCAUUAAAUAAAAACAUUUUUUAUGUAAAAUGUAAUCAUUCUUGCACUAAAGG